AGACGGAUAAGAAAUACACACUGCACGCUGCGCUUCGUUUGUAGUAGGCGGGCAAGAGGGCAUGGACAGAGUGACCACCUCCUUCUGCCUGCAGCUCCUCUGGCCUCCGCCCUCCCUGGUGGUGCAGGGCCAGGUUACAGCCACCACCAGGGAGGGAGCUGUGUCAGGCUGCCAUGUCUGCCCUGCAUCAGGUUAAGUGCCUCCGACAGCCAACCACAAAGUUAUUGGCCAGCAGUGUGUGAGUGUGUGUGUGUGUGUGCGUGUGUUUAGUGUGUGUCUAUAAGUUAGAAAAGGGGAGGCCUGCUUCACUUGUAAAGACGCCUUCUCUUGCCUAGAACCCACUAAAGCUUUGUAUAUUUGCUUAUAGUAUUUAUUUAGUAAAAAAAAAGACAAACAAUAUGAGUUCUUUGACACUAGUUGAUUAAAAAAGAAUGGGUGUAGAAUUGACUGUGAGAGGUCAGAAGAGAAGCUCUACUGAAAGCUUCAAAAUGUCUCAACAGGAGGGACAGGACAAUACGUUGAACACCCUAGUGACUAGUCUACCAUGAAGGAAUACUGCCACCGUGUGGUCGAUGCUGAGCAAACCAGCCAAAACCCCUCUGAGAAAACAAGGAAAAAGUCCCAGACAAAACUCAGAGAGGAAAUAUGGAGGACACCUUAGGAGGAGCGAUUCAGUGAGGGAUCCUCUCCUCCAGAGAUGGUGUUGAUUCAGAGAAGUGCCGGCCAAUAGGCUGAAUAACAUUCAGUUCCAGGACUCAAACAACUACAGAGUGGUAGCUAAGCUAGCCUGCUUCGCUGGCUAAGUCAGAUAAAGUAGCCGAUAGCAUCUUACUGUUCACCUAAAUGAGUGGUGCACUGGUACAGACCUUUCAUACCAUUCUGUUUCAAAUGAAAAAGGAACUUUAUUUUCCCCACAGUAGAAACAGGUCCAUUCUGUAUUCCCCCCCAUUGGUUGAAUCUGCUUCAUACCUAGCAUUCUAAGAAUAAUUGGCUGGCAUAGCUGAUGACUUGAUGGAAACCUCCUCCCAAGCUUUGCCAUUGGAUGACACUGUGAAUUUUAAGCAGCUGUCGCCCUGCUAUUGAUUAUUGUGGCCAAGUGCAGGGGGAGUUGACUCAGCUGUUUUCUGCUCUCAAUGCCUCUGGAACGCUGGAAUCCAACUCAUCUGGUGCUCCAACAGUGUGCCAGGGGUCUUGGCUGGGGACCUGACAGCAGGGAUGUAGAUGUGUGUCUGUGUGUGUGUGUGUGAGUGUGUGAGAGAAACAGACUGCCCGCAUUGUGUGCAAGUGUGUAUCCUACUGUGUGUCAGUCUAGUAGAAUGUUGGCAAUAAAUUGAGAGUUUGCUUGUUUGUGUCUGCUUUGUGUGUGUGUGUGUGUGUGUGUGUGUGUGUGUGUGUGUGUGCAUACAAGUUUGUAUCUGUGUUUACCAUGUUGUGUUGGGGUCCAGAGAACUGAGCUGAACAGAGAACGGGGGUCAAUGGGCGUGUGUCCAGAGCAGCUUUUAUGUCAGGUAAUCCCACUUUGCUUUUCUAGAAAACGUGAAUAGCAUUCGAAUCACUGACUAAAUUUUUGGAUCUCAUUUUCAUGACAAAGCAAUUGUCUGGUUGAUAGACCUCCACUGGGGGAUAUAAAAAGGGAGUGGGGGGGGGAUCAGAGAGACAGCCAGCGCCACUUCACACACGGGCUUAAGGAAAACUACCAGGGCUGAACUCAACAUCAAAGAUGGGCAGGAUCAUCUUCUUCGAGGACAAGAACUACCAGGGCCGUCGCUAUGAGUGCGACAGCGACUGCUCCGACUUCCACACCUACCUGAGCCGCUGUAACUCCAUCCGGGUGGAGAGUGGAGCCUGGGUGCUGUACGAGAGGCCCAACUACACUGGCUACCAGUACGUCCUGACCAGAGGGGAGUACCCAGACUACCAGCGCUGGAUGGGCCUCAAUGAACGAAUCUGCUCCUGCAAGAUGGUCCACUUUGCUGGCGUGGCUCCAUACCAGAUCCAGCUGUACGGAAAGAAGGACUUUGCGGGCCAGGUGUUUGAGGCGACGGAGGACUGCCCCUCGGUCCUGGAGAAGUUCCACUGGAGGGAGGUCCACUCCUGCAAGGUCCAGGGGGGCUGCUGGGUCUUCUACGAGCACCCCAACUACAAAGGACGCCAGUACUUCCUGGAGAAGGGAGAGUAUCGCAAGCCCAUGGACUGGGGCGCUGUGUGUCCCACCGUGCAGUCCUUCAGACGGCUGACAGAGUAACCUCCUCACCCCCACCACCCCAGCCCUCCCUCUCCCUCCGGUCGUACCAGCAAGCCUGCUCCUUUUACGACACCACCGAGCUAGGGGCACCAGGGACACACCACCAGCCGAAAUAAAAAACCUGAGUGGAAAGCA